AUGCCGCGCUCCCGCACACCACGCACCGCCCUCCUCUCGCUCGCCAGCAUCAUCUCUCUCGCGGCAGCCUCACCCUUGAACCUGGUCGAGCGGAGUCCAGUGUCGGAAGGAGGUUACUACAACCCGACAUCAAAUGGCGGGCAGUGGCUCACGCUCGCACGGGAUACGUACCCUCCCGGUUUGGGCGAGCCGAUCAACCUCGUCGUCUCGAGCGAGUCGGAUGGCCUCCUCAUGACGGACGACGGCUUCUUCGACUUUUGCGAGUCGAUCAACUUUAGCGGCGAAUGCUUGGGUCAGACGGGUGGCUUGCGGCAGGCGGCGAACCUGGGAGACGGAAAGGGGAUGAUCAACCAGACCACCCUGCUGCGCGAGAACUUCGGCGACCCCUCCUUCGGCACCUGCCUCGAAACGGUCAAAGGCGGCUUCCACUUCCGAGUGUGGCGGCAGAACGGCUCCGAAGCGGAUUCGGGCGCAUGGUUCCUCGCGGCGAGUCAGGAGCAGAACUUGACGUUGCAGCACGGGAUUCCUCCGAAUGGGUACGACCUCGGUCGGGAUCAAGUUGUCCAGCGCGCUAUCGCAUCAGGCGGCACCAAAUCUCCCCUCACGAAUCGCACGUUCACGACGACGGUCGCAAACGCUUCCGGUCCGGGUUACUACGCCGACGUUACGACGAGCCAGAUCAAUCACGGUAUCGGGACGGAUGGCGUCGUCGCUGUGCUGACCGUCAAGGUCACCUCGAACGGAAGCGUGAAAUCCACGUCGAGCGCCGUACCUGCACUCUCCCUAUCUCGCCACGACCUCGCACGCAUUGCUGGCGUCGCGCUAGCCAGCUGCCUCGCCCUCUCUCUCCUCAUCUAG